CUCUCCUUGCUUGGUUUGUUUACAGCGAUUUGUUUGCCUGGAUGCGAUGAGCAACACGGCUUUUGCGACAAACCUGGGGAAUGCAAAUGCAGAGUGGGUUGGCAGGGGCGAUAUUGUGAUGAGUGCAUCCGAUACCCUGGCUGCCUUCAUGGUACCUGUCAGCAGCCGUGGCAGUGCAACUGCCAGGAAGGCUGGGGUGGCCUUUUCUGCAACCAGGACCUGAACUACUGCACCCACCACAAGCCCUGCAAGAAUGGUGCCACAUGCACCAACACUGGUCAGGGGAGCUACACUUGUUCUUGCCGACCCGGGUACACAGGCUCUAACUGUGAGAUUGAAAUCAAUGAAUGUGAUGCCAACCCUUGCAAGAAUGGUGGAAGCUGCACUGAUCUUGAGAACAGCUAUUCCUGUACCUGCCCCCCAGGCUUCUAUGGUAAAAACUGUGAGCUGAGCGCAAUGACUUGUGCUGACGGACCAUGCUUCAAUGGUGGGCGAUGCACCGACAACCCUGAUGGGGGAUACAGCUGCCGCUGCCCACUGGGUUAUUCUGGGUUCAACUGUGAAAAGAAAAUCGAUUACUGCAGUUCCAGCCCUUGUGCUAAUGGAGCCCAGUGUGUCGAUCUGGGGAACUCCUAUAUAUGCCAAUGCCAGGCUGGCUUCACUGGGAGACACUGUGAUGAUAAUGUGGAUGACUGUGCCUCCUUUCCCUGCGUCAAUGGAGGGACCUGCCAGGAUGGUGUCAAUGACUAUUCCUGCACCUGCCCCCCGGGAUACAACGGGAAGAACUGCAGCACCCCGGUGAGCAGAUGUGAACACAACCCCUGCCACAACGGGGCCACCUGCCACGAAAGAAACAACCGCUAUGUCUGUGAGUGCGCUCGAGGGUAUGGUGGGCUCAACUGCCAAUUUUUGCUCCCUGAGCCGCCUCAGGGGCCAGUCAUCGUUGACUUCACUGAGAAGUACACGGAAGGCCAGAACGCCCAGUUCCCAUGGAUCGCCAUCUGCGCUGGGAUUAUUCUGGUCCUCAUGUUGCUGCUGGGCUGUGCUGCUGUGGUCGUCUGCAUCAGGCUCAGAGUGCAGAAGAGGCACCACCAGCCUGAUGCCUGCAGGAGUGAGACGGAGACCAUGAACAACCUGGCGAACUGCCAGCGCGAGAAGGACAUUUCCAUAAGUGUCAUUGGUGCCACUCAGAUUAAAAACACAAAUAAGAAAGUAGACUUUCACAGUGAUAACUCCGAUAAAAAUGGCUACAAAGUCAGAUACCCAUCAGUGGAUUACAAUUUGGUGCAUGAACUCAAGAACGAGGACUCUGUUAAAGAGGAGCACAGCAAAUGUGAAGCCAAGUGUGAAACGUAUGAUUCAGAGGCAGAGGAGAAAAGCGCAGUACAACUGAAGAGUGAUACUUCUGAAAGAAAACGACCAGAUUCAGUAUAUUCCACUUCAAAGGACACAAAGUACCAGUCGGUGUAUGUCAUAUCAGAAGAGAAAGAUGAAUGCAUCAUAGCAACUGAGGUGUAAACCAGAGGUGAUAUGACAAGGUGGUUGUUCAGAUCAAUUUCAGAGGAGACGUGCCCCGAUGAAUGCUGCUGAAAGAGGAAUGGGAGAUAGAUUCCUUCACUGACUGCUGCUGAGAAACUAAAUUCAGGCUUGAGCUGGUUCUCUACUGAAGUUAGCAAAGUGACUGCAAAAUAAAGAAACAAGAUGGACACCAGGCAAGGGUCUGUGUUCAAGGAUUACUGUUGCACUGCCUUUUAUGAAUUUUAUCAUUGCACUAUGGUCAGUUGCUUUUCUAUAUAUAUUUAAAUGAAUGGACUUAAUUACUACAUAAGAAGCAUGCACUGCCUGAAGUGUAUAUUUUGGAUUCUUAUGAGCCAGUCUUUUCUUGAAUUAGAGACACAAACACUGCCUUUAUUGUCUUUUUUGAUACUAAAAUGUGUUUUUACUAGGUGAGAAAAAGUGUGUUAUUUUUUUGAAUCUGUAAAAAUAUUUUCAUGAUAAUUGUAAAGCUUGAGUAUUUUGUGAUGUUCAUUUUUUUAUAAUUUAAAUUUUUUGGUAAAUAUGUACAAAGGCACUUCGGGUCUAUGUGACUAUAUUUUUUUGUAUAUAAAUGUAUUUAUGGAAUAUUGUGCAAAUGUUAUUUGAGUUUUUUUUACAGUUUUGUUAAUGAAGAAAUUCAUUUUUAAAAUAUUUU